GUCUAUUAUAGCACCCCCUGUAUAACCUCAUGAGCAUAUUAUGUAUAGCGGUGGCAGGACAACCACCCUCGGCACAGGUUUUUCCGUUAUCACUUUCUCCUCAAUUCCAUCUUUUUGGUGGCUGGGGAUCCUGUCACCAUUCUUGUGUCUUUGACACCAACUGCAGCGUCGGUCAAGGGUCUGAAGCAGGAGAGAGCCCAGAAGAGAAAAAAAUUUGUCAGUCCCGUCUAUCCGUCAAUAUGAUAUAUCACUACCAUUCUAUAGAAGAAGAGGAAUAUGCGGCUUCGUCUUUGCCGUCCUACUAUUAUGCCUUCGAGAUCUUUCUCGGCUCGUUAAUCAAUACUGGACGAUUUCGGGGUGCGACGUCUACGUGCUAUGUAGUAACGAGGUCCGUCCGCAACGGCUCGCUUACAAAACGGGACCGCGCUGCUUCGUUUUGGGACGGGACGGGGUGCAAAGACUGGGGUAUCAGUUACAGCCUUGGCCGUUCCCCUUUCUGCGUACGGAAUCGUGCCUAUCGGUUCCCGAUAUCUUACCAGAUGUGGUUGACAGCUCUUCGUGGAUGCAUUAGCCUGCAUUUGUGCAUAGUCUAGCACAUCAAAGGUGUGUGCGCGCCGUCUAGUGACGAUCGGUUCUAGGGGCUCCGGCUCACAACCUCGACGAAAGCAUUGGUGAUAUUUCCUCCUGCUUACGGUGUGGUUAAGCUGACGGUAAGGUUGAUGGAGGCAGCACGGCUAUACGGUAUUUCGGGAUCUACAGCCAUUGUUUGUGAUAUUCAUGUUGGAUGAUUUGAAAACCUGGAGAAGCUUACUGUGGCUGCUUAUCUUACGCCUAGUAGGGAUGGGCUGCCGAUGAUGAUCAACAAGAUGUCAUGCAAGUAAUAGGUCGCACUCGAAGGCCCCUUCAUAUCUCGAUAUGUCGUGUAUAAUGUUACUAGGUAGUCUCCCAUCGAGAUAUCUUAUCCACGAUCUUCUAUUCAUUAUAGGGGUAGUGUAUUUCCAGCCUUGUUACUAAGACCAUCUCCU